AUGUACGACGAUGCCGUACAAUGCAAUACCUCCGAUGGUCUCGACCUUGUAAACUUGAUGCUUCUCCACCAGCUGGUCAAAAGUGGUGAAGAGGUCGUUGAGGAACGCCAUGACUCGGUGGGGCGGAACCUGACCACACAUGCUGUUCAAACACACCCCACCGGCAACCCACCUGCGAACAGCACCGUCACCUCCUCAUGCGCUCACCUCGCCAUGUACUGCUGUGCGCCGCUCAAGGCUCCGAAACCACCACACGAGGGCGUGAGGGCUUACUAUUGUACAUGUCGUACAUGCCUCAAACUGACGUACGGAACAGGGGCUGUGCGUAGCGGUUUUUCCGCACCACUCGACGCAGAGAAUCCUCGGAGGCCGCCGCCGCCGCCAACGCCGCCGCCGCCGCCGCAUGAAGCUCGCACGCUCGUCACGCUGGCGCUUAGGACUCUCCGCGCCGCCGUCGCUGCUGGCGCCGCUGCCGCUGCCGUACUAGCUACCAGGGGCGGCGCCGCAGCUGUCAAGGCCGCAAGGCUCUGCGAUGUUAUCACCGCUCGCAUGAAGUUGAUGACUGAAGCAGCCGAAGCUUGUACGAUCGUCGCAACUGUCGUACACUCCAUGGGCUGUGCAGGUGCUGUGGUUAUACGACGCCAGGCUACAAGACGUGUGCUUAUGAAUCCUCUCACUGCCUCCAUCCUCGCCCGUAAGAACAAAGUCCCCGAUUUGUUUAAAAGCCUCAGUCCUUACCCCGAGAAGUUUGGUGUCGUGUAG